CACACGCAGGCAACGUUUAGCAAACGUUUGUAAAAAUAAAACUUAACAUUUCCAAAAAGUGAUCACACUCUUCGUAAAAAAUGGUUGGUGAACAUGAGAAGAGACCAUCAAUGGGCACCAAGCCCACAUGAUACAUUAUGCUCAGACCACUUCGAGGAGAAGCAUUUUGAUCGAACUGGCCAGACAACGCGGCUUCGCUCAGAUGCCGUGCCAACAUUGUUCAACUUUCACCGACAUCUCUUGAAGUCUGUUAAGCAACGCAAGCCACCCUUUCCUCGACAUUCUGCCCAUCCACAACCAGAACAACAGAAUGAUACCCCCAACCCAAUCAUUCAUGAGUCUUUGACUGAAGGGCCAGAGUGUGACACACUGGCACACACUUGUUUAUCAACCCCGGCCAGACCUGUCCCACAAGACAUCGCCAGACCUGUUCCACAAGACAUCGCCAGACCUGUUCCACAAGACAUCGCCAGAUCUGUUCCACAAGACAUUGCCAGACCUGUUCCACAAGACAUCACCAGACCUGUUCCACAAGACAUUGCCAGACCUGUUCCGCAAGAUAUCGCCAGACCUGUUCAACUAGACAUCGCCAGACCUGUUCCACAAGAAAUUGCCAGACCUACGCUUACUGUCCCAAAAACGCCCACAGAGAGAUAUAACCCUCAUCCUUAUCACACGUACAUUCAUGAAAGCCCAAGGAGCGUCAAGCAAAAACUCGACAAGAUGUACGACCAGAUGUCCACCAUGAGGAACCGACUAAAGACAUCCCAUACCAAAUCACGCAGACUAAAGAAAAGAGUAGCUUCUUUGAAGAAAGUUGUCAAGACACUAAAAGCGAAAAACUUGCUGUCAGAACGUGGUCUUGAAAUGUUGGAGAAAAAAUGCGAUGUGCCAGGAGAAAUUAUGAGGAGACUUGCUAAAUCUAAAGACAAAGAUAGCACUUGCUUACCUACAAGAUGAGCCAAGAUCAUCUUGAGUUAUUUUUCUGCGCCAUUCGUUCAUCUCUAGGAUGCAACAACAACCCAACAGCUCGUGAAUUCUCGACCUCGUACAGAAAGAUGCUCAUUGGACAUGAGGUCGAAGGACUUACUUACUUACUUAUCCUCUUCACUCCCAGUGGAGCAUAAGGCCACAACAGAACUUUGCCAUGCUGUACAGACUUUAGCCAGCAUCUCUGCUGUGCCCCAGGUCAGCCCCAUUUCCUUCAGCUCCGCCUCGACGGUCCGGCACCAGGUGGUCUUUGGCCGUCCUCUUUUUCGUUUUCUUUGGGGUGUCCAGCGUAGUGCCUUUUUUGAGCUAGUGUUGUCCGGCAUUCUGAACACAUGCCCAAGCCAUCUGAGUCUGCAUUGUUUGGUCUCCUCAACAGUGCAGAAUGAACUCGUCUUCUUCAGUAGUUCUUGGUUUGUGAUCGUUUUUGGCCAGAAGAUCCUACAUAUGCGCCUGAGGCUGCCAUGGUGGAAGGACGAAAGAGCAUUCAUAUCCUCCUUGGUUAUCCUCCAGCACUCACUUCCAUACAAAAGGACGGACUUGACAUUACUGUUGUACAGUCUAACUUUUGUUCUCGGAGUGUAAUGACUUGACUUCCAGAUGUUGCUAAGACGACAGAAUGCUGUGCGAGCCUCGAGAUCGAAGAAGUUGGAGGAAAUUGCAUUGCCCAAGACAACACUGCAAUACUUCACGCGUGGGCAGUGAGAGGAAGAAAAGCAUCGAGCUUAUAACUAUGAUGAGAGUGAUCUACUCUUGAUCCGGAAGUAUGAUUUGUCAACUAGAAGUCUUGCAAGUACAGAACAUGACUAUGCUGACAUCCCAGACAUCAGUGAGCUAUCUCCCUACAAGAAGUCGGUUAUCCCAUACAUAGGUGGUUAUGCAGCAGGGUAAAAAAAUACACAGGAGCGAUAAGCGAUUCGCUCUUCAAACCUCCGAAAUCGCUCCCGUGAGGCUCAAAAUAGCUUUCUAUAAAAAUUUUGACGAGAGCUAUUUUUUCCACAGACUUUUGAAAAAUAGCUCCCGUGAAAAAAAGUAAUUUUUCCCUGGUAUGCAGUGAGAAUGACUUUUUGUGAGUUUUUGUCUUGUGACGAAUGUGCUGCUGCUCUCACGACCGGUUGGGUAAUGGAAGGAAGCUUGUUAGAAACGAAGAACAGGGGUGGGUUGAUGAGACCAUCGUCGGAUGUAGUGAAGGUAUGCGAAGCAACCGAAAGAUGUCUGCAGCAACUUCUGAAGGUGACCGGAGGCAAUCUCCCCCAGUCAUCCCACCUCCCUCAUGCUUUGUUCUCAGCGGUUCUAGGAGAAGUUGGACAGCUGAAUAUAUUUAGCUCACUGUCGGAACAUAUAUGUUUGAUUCCCCAGCAGACUGCAACCACAUCUUUCUCUUCGUCAAGAAGGUUUUGUUUCUUACUUGAAGAUCCUCAUGCACUACCUUGCCAAACACAUGACUGAGAUCAUCAACGGUCCAACUGUUUGAAAGGAAUAAUUAUUGUUAAAGUUGAUCUUGUUUAAGCAUCAACGAAUCAUUAAUUAUGGCCCAUUUUACAGAGUGUAUACUGCAUUACAAUAGUGUUUUCCCUUUCAAUGUUCAAUUUUACCUUGUAUAGAUACAGCGUUUGAAGUUUCCAUCAUAUACAGUAUUGCCAAUAUUUAACUUGCCAUUUUGUGAUUAUACUGUUUUCAUUAUGCAUUGAUCAGUCAAUUUUGAAAUAAAGUGUAUAAAAAAGUAUAUGUAACAAUUCUGUCAAGCCUAGUUUUUAAAAUGUGCUAGAGUGUUAGCGCUAGAGUGCUAGAGUGCUAGAGUGCUAGAGCUAUGUGCUAAAAUGUUUAAGUGUAGAGUUACCGGACGCGCUGCU